AUGUUCGGCGGCGGCUCUAGUUCGGCUGCGUCCAAGGCGGAGAGCGACCCGAAAGAAGAUCGAAAGUCGCCUUCGCCCGAGUCUGACAAGGGCUCCACGGCCGCGAUCAAGUCAUCCGACCAGGCCGCCAGCGGCGACAAGCGGAGUGGGAACAGCAGUCCUCCGGGCCGCCAGCAGGAUGGUGCUGUGGAUAAGAAGCGCCGUGCCAGCGGGGUCCAGAGCAAGGCCGCCGGCCUGCUGGCUCACGCCAAGAAUACCCUGAACUUUUCUCAGGUCGGCCGAACCAGCUCGGAUAUGAGUUCGCAGACACCUCUGCAGAAGUUGGGCAAGCAGGACCCUGCCCUCGCAGUGCCGCAGGGCCAACAUAACAACUCUGCCGGCGAUUCCAUUCCCGGCCCGCGUUCGACAUUCCGGGUCGGUGUCUGGGAGGACAGAAACAAGAAGUGCCGUCGUACCAUGGAGGAUACUCAUGCUUUCCUCUACAACUUUCUGCACACUCCAGCCCCUGCUCUCGAGGGCAAGAAGAACGAAUCGGCGACCGACGAGAAGGAUGCGCCUGCUCAGGACAUGAUCGAGACCGACAACGGCUACUUUGCCAUCUUUGACGGUCAUGCCGGUACAUUCGCUGCCGAUUGGUGUGGAAAGAAGCUGCAUCUUAUCCUGGAGGACAUCAUUCGAAAGAACCCAAACGGUCCCAUCCCCGAACUCCUCGACCAGACCUUCACCUCAGUCGAUGCGCAGCUAGAGAAGCUUCCUCUUAAGAACAGUGGAUGCACCGCAGCCGUCGCCGUGUUACGUUGGGAGGAUCGGGUGCCCAGUGACCGCUCCGCGACUGGCUCCCAGGCCAUUGCGCCGGCCACUGCGGCAGCCACCAAGGCUGCCAAAUUGACGUCAGAAGAAGUCACAGACGAGAAGGCGACAUCUACGAGCGGCCCCGAGGCCGCGCACGCCAAGCUGAAGAGUUCGGCGAGCCGCCAGCGUGUUCUUUACACGGCCAAUGUCGGAGACGCCCGCAUCAUUCUCUGCCGGUCUGGCAAAGCCCUCCGCCUUUCGUACGAUCACAAGGGUAGCGAUGAGAACGAAGGGAAACGGAUAGCGAAUGCGGGUGGUUUGAUACUCAACAACCGCGUCAACGGUGUUCUGGCUGUGACCAGAGCCCUCGGUGACACCUAUAUGAAGGAUUUGGUCACUGGGCAUCCGUACACAACUGAAACCGUUAUCCAACCCGAGAGUGACGAGUUCAUCAUCAUAGCCUGUGAUGGACUCUGGGACGUUUGCUCCGAUCAAGACGCCGUUGACCUCGUUCGCAACGUCGAGGAUCCGGUUGAGGCCUCGAAACUCCUCGUCGAUCAUGCGUUGAAUCGCUUCAGCACGGACAACUUGUCCUGUAUGAUUGUCCGGUUGGACAAGGAGGCGCUGCUAGAAAGUCAAAAUGACAAGGAGAACGCCAUUGGCGUGGAGCGCCCUCCGGCCAACCCAGCCAAGGUUAGCGAGGCUGAAAAGAUCAUCCGGGAGACGAAGCAGAAGAUUGCCGAAGGCGGCGCGCUGGCCGUCGGUGUUUCGGCCAGCAACAGUGGCCGUGGUCACGAUCCCGCGUCAAUUGACAACGGAGACUUCAAGCCGACCACUCUGGACGGAACUCUCGAGGAGGAGCCGGGUCCGAUUGACGAGGGCGACUCGCCGGAGGUUGCCCCUGAUACGGCCCCUGCUGUUCUUCCCGCAGACGUAGAGCAAACUGACGCUGCGGCGUCCAAGAAAAGUUCCUAG